AACCAUCCCAACGCUAACUUAGCUGAGAGAGCUGAAAUGAUUUAAUGACUUUCGGAAGAUAAUUUGAUUACCAAGUGAAGUUGUUGCCUUUGGUGCAACAUUAACUCUUUUAUCCUGAGAGACAAUCCCUCCUGUCUGAAAGAGUGACUUCGUGUAAAUGGCGUCUACAAAGGAUGCAUUUGAAUUUCAAGCUUUUGAAGAAGCUGGAAAUCUGCUGGAAGAAAACAGAGAUGCGGUCACCAUAAGUAUCGAAGAUGAAGGUGGCAAACCCAAAAGAGCUGCAGCUUACUCUCCUGGUGGAAAUGAAGAGGACCCACUGACCAGUGAUGACAGGACAGAGCUUCUCUCUGGACAAAAGAAAAGCGUCCCUUUCUGGACGUUUGAGUACUACCAACAAUUCUUUGACAUCGAGACCCAUCACGUAAAGGAAAGGAUCAUUGGAUCAGUGCGGCCAUGGCCUGUAAAGAACUUUAUUCACGUCUACCUUCGUAGAAAUCCUGAUCUUUUUGGACCAUUCUGGAUUUGCACCACCUUAGUGUUUGCCAUCGCCAUCAGUGGAAACAUAUCCAACUUUCUGGUACACUUAGGCAAACCAAACUAUAAGUAUACGCCCGAGUUUAGAAAAGUGACCAUUGCUGCAACGGCCAUCUUCAGCUAUGCUUGGUUGGUGCCUCUUGCCCUCUGGGGUACCCUGCUGUGGAGGAACAACAAAAUCCUGAGCCUGGUGUCGUAUUCCUUCAUGGAGAUCGUCUGUGUGUACGGAUAUUCCCUCGCGAUUUACAUUCCAGCAGUGGUCCUAUGGAUUCUCCCGUAUGAGUGGCUGAGGUGGUGCUCCAUCGUCGGGGCUCUGUGUCUCUCCGGCUCGGUACUUGUCAUGACUUUCUGGCCUGCAGUCAGGGACGACCAUCCCAAAGUCAUGAUAUCAAUCCUUUCAACCAUCGCUCUGCUCAACGUCCUGCUUGCAGUCGGUUGCAAGGCCUAUUUCUUCAGCAAACCAGAACCCGCACUAGAAGCUGAAAUUUCUACUGCAGCCCAGGCGAUCAAGGCGACGUCUUCCACAUGAGGGCCUUUGUUUAAAGGUUCUCCUGUUGCCUUAUCAGAGAGAGUCGGGUUGCUGUGGUGAUGAGGUCAUGGGUCGUCUGGAUUUCACCUGCACUUGGACGACGCUCUCGCUGAAGACCUUCUAACCCAGCGUCUCUGCUCGGUUCCACUGCGUGACCUCUGAAAAUGAACACUGGUACCAAGUAUGUUAUUUCUAAUGGGAUGGCUUCUAAACUUCCUUUAAGAUGAAUAGGGUAUGGUGUUACAUUGCACAUACGGUCUCUUAGAAUUUUAGUUUUCUACUUUGUAGUUCUCUCGUUGACAUUUGGAAUACAAGUCUCAAAGAUAUUCUGUAUAUGCAUUUUUUUUUAUUGGGUUAUCGGGAACCGGCUUGUUUUAUUUUUUUUUGUAAAAAGUUGUCUAUAUAAACUACAAAAAAAUGAUACGAGUAGAUGAUAUAUCCAAGGGUGGGAGUUGUUAUGUACAAAUGGAAUUUUUGUAUCUAUAUGCGACUGAAGUAACCCUAAGUGCCCUGGACUAAUGCCAAAGACCAAAUGUAAAUAUUAAGGGGAAUGAAUGGCUGGUUUAACUCUUUGUUUGAUUAACAACCAAUGUUUGUUAUGUGGAAUUUAAUCUGUUCAGUCUCAACAAGUGCUGCAUGCGUAAGAGAUUCAAACCUUCAUUGAUUCAUUUUGAACCCACCUUUUACUAAUGACAUGAUCGUUGUUGUGAUAAUAAUCAAUCUACAGUCAACCUGUAGCCUUUUUAAAGCACACCUUUUCACAAAUAAACUCUAUAAACAGA